GUUUUCUCUUGUUCUGAAUCUGAACAAGCCUCUGUUGAUUUCGUAAUCUAACAAUCUGUUUCUUCUGUAAAACUCUAAUUGUAGGCGUCGGAGAACCCCAUGAGGGAAAUCAAGGUCCAGAAGCUCGUCCUCGGCGAGAGAGGCGAUCGUCUCACCAAGGCCGCCAAGGUCUUGAAGCAACUCAGCGGCCAGACACCUGUUUUCUCCAAAGCUCGGUACACUGUGAGGUCUUUCGGAAUCAGUUAUUUGAGUAGAGAGGAACCCAGAAACUUUGGUCUCACUCUUAGAGAAAGAGAGAGAGAGAGCGGGAAAAUGGCGGCGUUGGGAGCAAGAGGAGGUGGACUGGUGCUGCCAAAGCCGGUGACUUUUGUGACCGGAAACGCCAAGAAGCUUGAAGAAGUGCGCGCCAUCUUGGGCACCUCCAUUCCCUUCAACACUCUCAAGCUCGAUUUGCCAGAAUUGCAAGGGGAGCCUGAGGACAUCUUCAAAGAAAAGGCGAGGUUGGCUGCCGUUCAGAUUAAUGGUCCUGUGCUUGUGGAAGACACUUGCCUCUGCUUCAAUGCCUUCAAGGGUCUACCUGGGCCUUACAUGUAAGUUUUUCAUCUUGCUUGCUCUCACCAAGUGG